GCGCGCGAAAUAUUUAGUUCCAUUGUUGCUUGAAAUCGAACCACGUACUUCCCUUCCUCUGAUUUCGCAUCCUUUCCCUUUCCCUCACUCAUUCAUCUGCAAUUUGCUUUCUCCGAUCAACCUUAUCCCCUUUUCUCCGAUCCAUGCCACCAAUUUCAUCAACAUUAUUAUCAGAGGUUUAAUAAUUUUCAUGUGAAAUUGCAAAGUGUGAAAGAAAAUCUACGAUCUAGAUAUCGAUGUGAUUUCCAUACCAUUUUUUUCAGAUGGAAUGGAGAUCCAGCUAGUUAUGGGAAUCAUGAGAAUGAUAUUGAACAAGUUAGUUUCAUCAAAGGUUUCUUAAUUACUGGUUUUCGGCUGAUGAUAUUUGCUAUCGGAAACGGAUUAUCUUUCAUUUUCACUUGUUUAUAGUAACAGAGUGUGGUUGCUUGAUUUGGGACUGUACACCACAGAUACUUGUUUACAAGUCUAUAAUUGUCCUUAUUCAGAAUGGUCAUCCUUUAGAUGCAGAACUACAGUUAGCUUCAGGCAUUGUUCCUGAUAAGCUCAGAUGUGAGGUUAGAACUUGCAAAUAUGUUUCUAAGGGCAAGUACUGGAGACAGUUACCGUGUUAGCGCAUCUAGUACGCCUGGCAAUUCAAGUGGAGGAUAUGAUGGAGGUGAUAUUGAAUCACGAUGUGAUGUUUACAUAUGGGGAGAGGUUUUUGCAGACGGAUUUCCUUCUAAGACAGAUGUGUUGAUCCCUAAGCUCUUAGAGUCAAAACUUUAUCUUGAUGUUCAUAACAUUGCAUGCGGUGCGCAUCACGUUGCUAUAGUAAACAAGAGAGGAGAGAUUUUCACUUGGGGAAAAGAAUCUGGUGGAAGACUCGGUCAUGGAACUGAUAAAGAUUUUGACAAGCCUAAUCUAGUUGAGUUUCUUGAAGAUGUUAUUUUGGAUAUUGUUGCAUGUGGAGAGUUUCAUACAUGUGCUGUGUCUAAAUCUGACGACUUUUUCACCUGGGGUGAUGGUUCACAUAAUGUUGGACUUCUUGGACAUGGUAAUGAGGCUAGUCACUGGAUACCAAAGAGUGUCAAUGGCUUUUUGGAUGGACUUCAAGUCGUAUCUGUUGCAUGUGGCACAUGGCAUUCAGCAUUGGCAACCUCAAAUGGAAAACUGUUUACCUUUGGUGAUGGAACAUUUGGUGUGUUAGGCCAUGGUGAUCAAGAGAGUGUAUUCCAUCCAAAGGAAGUACAAUUAUUAAGUGGACUGAAGACUAUGAAGGUUGCUUGCGGAGUAUGGCACACUGCAGCUAUUGUUGAGGUUGUUUUUCAAUCUGAUUCAAAUGUUACAUCAUGGAAACUCUUCACAUGGGGCGACGGCGACAAAUAUCAACUAGGCCAUGGAAACAAGGAAACAUAUCUGAAACCAACGCGUGUCUUGCCACUUAUUGAAUAUAAUUUCCAGCAGAUAGCAUGUGGACACACCAUGACUGUUGCUCUCACUACAUCUGGUCAUGUAUUUGCAAUGGGAAGCACGGAAAAUGGUCAAUUAGGAAAUCCAAAUUCUGCUGGAAAAGUACCUACUUUAGUUCAAGAUAAGUUGCUUGGUGAAUUCGUUGAGGAAAUAUCAUGUGGAGCACAUCAUGUUGCUGUUUUGACUUCAAAAAAAGAACUAUAUACAUGGGGAAAAGGUUCUAACGGAAGACUAGGACACGGUGACAAAGAUGAUAAAAAAUCUCCUACACUUGUGGUAGCCUUGAAAGACAGGCAUAUAAAAUAUAUCUCGUGUGGUUCAAACUUUACGUCUUGUAUAUGCAUCCCUAAAUCGGUCACUGGAACUGACCAAUCUGUUUGCUUUGGUUGUAGACAAGCAUUUGGCAUAACAAGAAAAAGGCACAAUUGUUAUAAUUGUGGAUUGGUUUUCUGCCAUAGUUGUAGUUCUAACAAGGCAUUCAAAGCUGCACUGGCUCCAACAUUUGAAAAGCCUCACCGUGUAUGUGAUACUUGUUUUACUAAGCUUAAAGUUGACAUCAAUGAUCCUUCACAAUUUGAUGGAAAAACUGCUCCUUCUCAUUGUUACACAACUGGUAGGGAAGGAUUAGACCAAAGUAUUUUAAGGUCUACAAAAACUCUCUUCUCUUCUAUAACUGAACCAGUAAAAUACCAUGAAAUAAGGAAUAAUAAGCCUGGAACUGAAUAUGGUACUACUUUCAUAAGAGCUUCUUUAGUUCCAUCUCUUUUGCAAUUGAAAGAUAUUGCAUUUCCAAGUUCAUUCAGUUCUGAUCAAAGUGUUUUGAAGCCUUCUACACCCCCUAGUUCAUCACAAAGUCCCGCAUCCCCACACACGUGUAGAUCAAGCCUUCCACCACCUUCUGACAAUCCGAAAAUUUCUGGUGUUCUUAUCAAUAGUUUGAGAAGAGCAAAUUAUGUUUUGAUCCAACGAGUCUCGGAUUUGCAGCGACAAAUUCGAGGUUUGAAGCAGAUAAGUGGCGUGAAAGAUGUGCAACUUCAGAGGCUUCAUAAAAAGGCCAAGGAAGCUAUUGCCUGGGCUGCAGUGGAAUCUUCUUGUCAUACAGAAUCAAAAGAAUUUAUUGAAUCUACUAAACAUCAGUUGAAGGAAGUGACUGAGAAGCUACCAGUAGAUGUUCCAGAAACUAAUAUCUUGAGUACUAUACAAACUCGAGCUGAAGAUUUUCUAAAAGAAAUUUCAGAAUCUAAAACAUCAGGGUUGGAGUCCAAGCAACAAGAAGCACAUGCCAUAUCUGCUACAGACAGUGACUCUUGUCUAGAAAAGUUAGUAGAGUCUUUGCAACAGAAUGCACCUGAUAUAUCUACCCCGCCUAGUGAAACUUUUGAACUUCAACAUCAUAGACUAGAACAAAAUGCUGAUGUUUUAGGAGAUGACCGUUGUCAAGAUGAAGGAAAUAUCCUUGACGAAAUUAACAAACCAACGUUGGAGUCAAAGCAACAAAAUUCACAUGAUAUAUCUACCCCGCAAAGUGGAGCUUUUGAACCGCAAGAUCAUAGACUAGAACAAAAUGCUGAUGUUUUAGGAGAUGACGGUUGUCAAGAUGAAGGAAAUAUCCUUGACGAAAUUAACAAACCAACAUUGGAGUCAACGCAACAAAAUUCACAUGAUAUAUCUACCCCGCAUAGUGGAACUUUUGAACAAGAAGAUCAUAAACUAGAACAAAAUGCUGAAGCUUUAGGAGAUGACUGUUGUCAAGAUGAAGGAAAUAUUCUUGAUGAAAUUAACAAACCAACAUUGGAGUCAAAGCAACAAAAUUCACAUGAUAUAUCUACCCCGCAUAAUGGAACUAUUGAACUGCAAGAUCAUAGACUAGAACAAAAUGGUGAUGUUUUAGCAGAUGACCGUUGUCAAGAUGAAGGAAAUAUCCUUGAUGAAAUUAACAAACCAACAUUGGAGUCAAAGCAACAAAAUUCAUCUGAUAUAACUACCUCAGAUAGUGACACUUCUAAACUACAAGUACACAUACAUGAAAAAAUUGAUGAGACUGCAAGGGUUGAUCAAUCUGAGGAUGGAAUAAAUGUACGGCAAGAAAGUAAUGGAUCGACAAUAUCUAGUGUUGGAGAAAGGAUAUCACCCCAAAACUCAGCAAAUGGUUCAAUAUCACCACCGGAGUACUGUUCAAGACAUGAGACACUACAAGAAACACAAGUCUUUGAAAAAUUUGAGUCUGGUGUUUAUGUGUUAGUCGUGCUACGGGAUGAUGGAAUCAAAAUUUUUAAAAGAGUUAAAUUCAGUAAGCGAAGGUUCAAUGAAAGACAAGCAGAAGAAUGGUGGAGCCAUAACAAAGGUAGGGUUCUUAGCAAAUACUGUCCAAUCCAUCAAAAGUUAAAUGAACCGUGUAUUAACAUUACACCAAAUGUUAAAGAAAAUAUUGAGUCAUCUACUUCUUAA